UAAGAAAUAAACAUUGCAGCCCAGGUAAAAUUAAUGGCGAUACGUUGACAUGAAAAUUCGACAUUCACGGAAGGAUCGAGCAGAGAUUGGCUUGAGUGUGGAGAGAUUGGUAGAGUUUGUCACUGUCAUGUCAUGACGAGCCUGUGGUACCUGCUUGAAAUGGCUCAGAACAGAUACGCUUUGUCUGAACGUCUUAUACGGGCCAUUAGUGGCUGGACCAUACACACCCAGGAAAGCAUCGAGGGAUUGAUCGCCGAGGGUGUUGACAUCAACCAAGCCCACGGAACUCUGCUACCCCUUCACUGUGCCUGCAUGGCUGGGGACAGUGAAUGCAUUAAAUUACUCAUACAGAAUGGUGCCGAGGUAAAUGCGGUGGAUGGGUACAGCCGUACAGCAUUACACUAUGCGGCAGAAAAGGAUUCAGAGUGCACAUCUCUUCUACUUGAGUACGGUGCAGAUGUAAAUGCACCAGAUGGUAAUGAUGACACCCCGCUGCAUUGGGCGAGCUUCCGGAAUAACGCCGACUGCGCAAAGGUUUUACUGAAGCAUCACGCAUCAGUGGACGCGUUAGACUCCAACCACGACACGCCUCUGAGUUGGGCGUCGAUGAAGGGCAACCUGGAAUGCAUGAUGCUGUUGUUGGAGUACGGCGCGGAGCCCAACACUAUAAACUGCAGCGGGGCGUCCCCGCUGCUCCGCGUUAGCAACCUCUUCGCUAUGGGUCUGAGCCGUGACCGAGACCUACAAUGCCUGAAUCUACUCUCUCGCGCCAUCGGUCAGUUUGACCUCAGAGAUCUCAACGGAGAUUUCCCGAGAUCUGUCGAGGGUGACGCGGAGUUGAAAAUGAUCAUGACUGAUCUAUGCUGCUCACCGCGUUAUCUACGUCAACAGUGCCGUUAUAACAUCCGUCGAUCUUUGAUGGAUGGGAAGAGGACACGGUUGGUAGACAGGCUACCCCUUCCUCCUCCACUUCAACGUUACCUUCUUCUCAAUGAGUAAUCAGGGAGUUUUUAUUCAAUGAGUGUCAGAGCCUGAAGCCUGGUUUAUACUUUACGCAAAAGAGAAUACAAAGCGAAUUACAGUACGCAAAUUCUCAUUAGGGCUUGAAAUUUAAGGGGAAAUUCCACAAGACCUUUUACUGGACCAGAAUCCUUGUCACAAGACCAGAUUAAAAAUGAGAAUAGUAUGAAGAGACCAAAAUCAAAACACAUUUUUUACUUGGGCGUACAAACACUUUUCAUCAGAAGAAAAGAUUGAGAGUCAACAUUCGAACAUGAUUUAAACAAAAAUACAGUUGUUGAGUUGAAAAACACAAGAAAGGCGGACCAGUCAGUUUGUAAGUUACUGGCUCGACACUAAAGUCACUGGCCACUGCUCCAGUAUAAAUUUCAAGCCCUCGGCCUAAUUUCAUGGCUCUGCUUACUGCCGAAUUCUGCGCUUACGAACACGAUUCCCUGCUUACUUGCCGAAUU